ACGCGCCCCGCGAUGCCGCGCUUGAAUACCGAACUUUACAAAUUCAAAUUUUUCGAAUGACAAUUUAAAUUUUUUUUUCAAAAACCGAUGACGUUUAUAAAGGCAAGUGAAAAAAAUAAAUAGUGCGCCUAGUGGCUAGAGUGAAAAGUUAAACAUGUAAAUUAUCAAAGGUGUGGAAAUUAAGUGUAAUUUAGUGGCAGUAUGGUGGAUGUAGGUGCUAAUGAGUGCGAUAACACCAUAAAUGGAAGGAACCAAUUUGUGUUUCUUGUGCUCGUGCAUUUGCUUCUUAUUGGACUGAAUGGGACGAAUGCUCAAAAUCGAGCACCACGGAUAAAGGAGCAUCCAUCAAACACAGUAUCCGGUCGCAGUGAGCCUGCUACCCUACGGUGCGUUGUCGAAGGACGACCAAAGCCGAGUGUGACGUGGUAUAAAGAUGGCUCCCCUUUGCCUCCAGCGGAAGAUGGCCAUCGGGUGCUGUUGGAAGAUGGCUUGCUGUUCUUGAGGGUAAAUCGGGGUAAGAAAGAGAGCGACGAAGGCGUUUACUGGUGCGUGGCACGCAACCCCGCCGGCGAGGCUGUCAGUCAGAACGUUUCGCUUCAUGUUGCAGUUAUCCGAGAUGACUUUAGAACGGAACCUAGAGAUGUGCACGUGGCUGCAGGUGACCCUGCAGUACUGGAAUGUAUGCCUCCCAAAGGCGUUCCUGAACCAUCAGUACAUUGGUUGAAAGAUGGGGAGCGUUAUGAUUUAGAAGUUAAUGGAAGAGUUACUGUCACAGAAACCGGAAGUUUAAAAAUUCUAGAAACGUUACCAACAGACAGUGGUUUGUUCAGAUGCGUGGCGUCAAACAUUGCAGGUGAACGACAAUCAAGAGCUGCUGCUUUAAUCGUUUUAAGACGACCACACUUUGUAAUUAAACCUAGCAACAUUACAGCCUUGAUCGGACAAACUGUGGAGUUUAAUUGCCAGAGUUACGAUUCGAGCGUAAAAAUAACAUGGGUCAAAGAAGAUGGGUCGCUGCCUUCUCAUGCCACUAUAAUCCGUGGGCUUUUACGAUUAGAGCACGUGUCGGCAAGCGACGCCGGCGUCUACUCCUGUCGGGCCGAUAGCCAUACCGGCACCAGUAUCACAAGCGCAUCGCUCACUGUAUACUCGUUACCACACUUCACACAAAUACCGUCCAAUUUAACCGCUUGGGAGGGCGAUGUAGUGUCUAUUCCUUGUGAAGCUAAGGGUUUACCAACACCAACAACGUUUUGGAUCUUAGAAGGAACACAAGACUCAUUGCUAUUCCCAGAAUGUAUGAAAAGCAAUUCUAGUUUAUUGUAUCUGGAUGGUGCGAAGGCGGAACACAGCGGUAGAGUCAUUUGUACGGCUGUCAACGCAGCUGGUAGUGUCAUGCAAGAGGCUUAUUUGAAAGUUCUGAGGAAAGGAAAUAAUGAUUUAAAAGAUUCUUUGGAUCAAGAUUAUGGUAUAAAAUUAGAUCGCAACUCUCACAUGACUCAAUACGAACUUGUUCAAGCGAGGAAAUUUUUGCAGCAAAAUGUACUUGUGUUGAAAAGAGUUGAAGCUUUAUCGUCGACGUCGUUAAAAGUUGUAUGGGAUGUACUAACAGACUACAAUGAAUAUUUAGAAGGUGUAAAGAUAUGGUACAACGGUACGUCUUUGAAUUGGCGUAAUGCUAGUGACGAGAUUACCAUACUAAACGCGUCCCACUCCGAAGCAAUGCUAUGUUCUAAUGGAUCACUAACAGAUGUGGAUAAUAGCGGAUCGUCCAGCUAUAUUCUGUCUGGACUGAUGGCUUAUACGCAAUACGAUGUCUUUCUAAUGCCGUUCUACAAGAUAUUGCUUGGGAAACCUUCUAAUUUGAUGACUGGAUAUACUAAUGAGGAUGUGCCAUCGGCUCCGCCCCAAAGCGUGACGGCCGGAGUAAUUAACGCCACGUCGGCCUGGAUACGAUGGGAACCACCACCUGCUACAACUUGGAAUGGAGAACUCACUGGUUAUUUGAUUGAAAUCCGAGUAAGUGGAAGCACGGGCGGUCGAGUAGUGGGCCAAAUGUCUCUUGGACCAAGGACACGAGCUGCAGCAGCGAGUUCAUUGCGAACUGGAGGUCGAUACAGCGCACGCGCUGCCGCUGUAACCCGUCGAGGUCACGGGCCUUUCAGUGCUCCCGCGCAUAUUCAUAUGCUACCGACGCAGACGCAAAGACAUUAUGUGCAGACGGAGCCCCCGAAAGACACGAAUAUGCCUCAUAUAUUACACGAGACAUGGUUGCUAGCGCUUUGUCUGACGCUCUUCUCCAUUAUAGUCAUUGGGGUGUUCAGUGUUUAUUACAUCAAGCGACGGAAUGGAAUACAGAGGAAGAAAUCGACUGGUCAAUCGAUUGUCACGGCACAGCAGUGCUUAUUGAAUAAAGACACGAUCUGGCUGAGGGAGCGACCCAUGUUUACUGCUGAUCCGACACUCGAAAUGCCCAGCUGCCAUCAAAGUCUUCUACACGCCGGUCAAUCAACCAGCAUUCUCAGCGUGGAACCUGAGUACAGUCUACCGCAAAACUCCAUUCAAGGUUUAGACGCGGCCAGUGUGGACAGAUUGCGACGAGGCCCACCAGAACCGUACGCAUCAAGUGCUAUUUACACUGAACUCAACUUCAAGGACAACAAUGACAUGGGCGAUCUCAGAAACUGUUCGGAAAGACGAUCUCAUAACAAUAGUAUUGUAAGGUCGUGCAAUGGAAGCAUUCAGUAUUCUAACGGAGAAUGUUCCACUUGUUGCCAUAGCACUUCUAGUAGAUCUACUAAAGACUAUAGAGAGCCAAGACAUGAUUUACAUGAAAUUAAUGUGAUGGAAGAUGAUUGCGGCUCAUGCCAUACGAAUAGAUCCGGUUCGCGAAGCAGACAGGAUAAAAGCAAGGUGUGUCCAGCCAAUGAUUUAGAGUACGACUACCCGCAAUGGCAUUGGUUGGGAAGGGAGAACAGUUUCAAAAUUCCCAUCCCGACGAGCAGACAGUCGAAUGUAGCGAGGUCGGAGCAGGGCUGUCAAAUAAAUCUGUGUGAUAUACUGCCACCACCACCGUAUGAGAGUCCAGAAAACAAGAACUAGGCACAUUGGAUUAAAAACUACGAUGUACAAUUUAAAAGAACAGUAGGCACGGAACGUAAAGCAAUAAUCAAUAAUAUCCUUUGAACUUGAUCAAUUUAACCAAUUGACUUGUUUGACGGUUUUCAGUCAUACAUUUUCAUGUAAUUUUAGUAAGUACUACGAAUUUGAAUAUUGUAAUAGAAUUUGUGUAAAUCCUUGUAGUUGAAAACCGUUGUAGUGAAUGUAUUGUAACUUGUAGACACUGAACUUUUGAUACUUGUAUCUCUUAACUUAUUCCUAUCUAUAUUCUAGUCACCGUGUAUAAGACUAGCUUCACUUUGGUACAUGCGGUUUGGUUUAUCUAUUUUAUGAGUAUUUAAUUCCUCAGCUAUCUUUUAUACAUUUAUCUUAACGCGAAACUCAAGGUUGUCUCAAUGAACUGUUGGAUAUAAAUUUUAAUAUAUGUAGGCCCUGCAUUUCACUGCCAUUAUACAUUUUAGAAUUUUUAGGACAUUUAGUUUUGUAAUCUUUGACUGUGAUAUUUAUUAUAAAAUUUGUGUAUUAGAUAAAAUGUAACCUUAGAAUAACUAAAUUAGGACCCCAAGUAACUUUGAAUUUUAAUCUCUUACGAUUGAGUAUAUUUCCGGACCCGUUUAAUUAUGAUUUUAUAUCCAAAACAUGUAUUUUCCGAACUGGUUGUGUCAUAUCCAGAAAUAUAGAAAUAGAACACCGAAAUAUAGAAACUUUACAGUAUUAAAGUGGUUUUAUU